CGCGCCGCCCCGCGCCGCCCCGCGCCGGCUCCGGCUCCGGCUCCGCGGAUCGCGUCCUCCCGCCCGCCGGCCCGCCGGCGCCGGGCCAUGGCGCUGCUGCGGGACGUGUCGCUGCAGGACCCGCGGGACCGCUUCGAGCUGCUGCAGCGCGUGGGGUCCGGGACCUACGGCGACGUCUACAAGGCCCGCGACACCGUCACGUCCGAACUGGCCGCGGUCAAGAUCGUCAAGCUGGACCCAGGGGACGACAUCAGCUCCCUCCAGCAGGAGAUCACUAUCCUGCGUGAGUGCCACCACCCCAACGUGGUGGCCUACAUUGGCAGCUAUCUCAGGAAUGACCGCCUGUGGAUCUGCAUGGAGUUCUGCGGAGGGGGCUCCCUGCAGGAGAUUUACCAUGCCACUGGGCCCCUGGAGGAACGGCAGAUUGCCUACGUCUGCCGAGAGGCACUGAAGGGGCUGCACCACUUGCAUUCUCAGGGGAAGAUCCACAGAGAUAUCAAGGGCGCCAACCUUCUCCUCACCCUCCAGGGAGAUGUCAAGCUGGCUGACUUUGGGGUGUCGGGCGAGCUGACGGCAUCUGUGGCUAAGAGGAGGUCUUUCAUUGGGACUCCAUACUGGAUGGCCCCCGAGGUGGCCGCUGUGGAGCGCAAAGGUGGCUACAACGAGCUGUGUGACGUCUGGGCCCUGGGCAUUACAGCCAUUGAGCUGGGCGAGCUGCAGCCCCCUCUGUUCCACCUGCACCCCAUGAGGGCCUUGAUGCUCAUGUCCAAGAGCAGCUUCCAGCCGCCCAAGCUGAGGGACAAGACUCGCUGGACCCAGAAUUUCCACCACUUCCUCAAGCUGGCCUUGACCAAGAACCCCAAGAAGAGGCCAACAGCAGAGAAGCUUCUACAGCACCCAUUCACAACGCAGCAGCUCCCUCGGGCUCUCCUCACACAGCUGCUGGACAAGGCCAGCGACCCCCACCUGGGCGCCCUCUCCCCGGAGGACUGUGACCUGGAGACUUACGACAUGUUUCCAGACACCAUUCACUCCCGGGGUCAGCACGGCCAGGCUGAGAGGACCCCCUCAGAGAUCCAGUUUCACCAGGUGAAGUUUGGCGCCCCACGCAGGAAGGAAACGGACCCACUACCUGAGCCGCCUCUCGAUCACCCUCUCACACUGCCUUUCUGUUCUCUCUCCCAUCUUCCUGCCUCGGUUUCCCCACAGUGGGAAGAGGAGUGGACGCUGCUGGGCAAGGAGGAGCUGAGCGGGAGCCUGCUGCAGUCAGUCCAGGAGGCCCUGGAGGAAAGGAGCCUGACCAUCCGGCCAGCCUUGGAACUCCAGGAGCUGGACUCUCCAGACGAUGCCGUAGGAACCAUCAAGCGGGCCCCCUUGGGGCCGGCCCCACAUGAGCCUCCAGCUGAGGACUCUCUGUCCAGCCCCCCAGGAACCCCACCCCGACCUCUCUCAGGCUCGGACAGCCCCCCGCCUCUCCCCACCGCCUGGGCCACCAUGAAGCACCAGGAGGAUCCUGAGAGAUCGUCUUGCCAUGGGCUGCCCCCGACCCCCAAGGUGCACAUGGGUGCCUGCUUCUCCAAGGUCUUCAAUGGCUGCCCCCUGCGGAUCCAUGCUGCUGUCACCUGGAUUCACCCUGGCACCCGGGAUCAGUUCCUGGUGGUGGGGGCCGAGGAAGGCAUCUACACCCUCAACCUGCAUGAACUGCACGAGGACACACUGGAGAAGUUGAUCUCACACCGCUGCGCCUGGCUCUACUGUGUGAAUAAUGUGCUGCUGUCACUCUCAGGGAAAUCCGCGCACAUCUGGUCCCACGACCUCCCGGGCCUGUUUGAGCAGCGGCGACUGCAGCAGCAGGUUCCCCUCUCCAUCCCCACCAACCGCCUCACCCAGCGCAUCAUCCCCAGGCGCUUUGCCCUGUCCACCAAGAUUCCUGACACCAAAGGCUGCCUGCAGUGUCGUGUGGUGCGGAACCCCUACACGAGCAGCACCUUCCUGCUGGCCGCCCUGCCCGCCAGCCUGCUCCUGCUGCAGUGGUACGAGCCGCUACAGAAGUUCCUGCUGCUGAAGAACUUCUCCAGCCCCUUGCCCAGCCCAGCAGGGAUGCUGGAGCCGCUGGUGCUGGAUGGGAAGGAGCUACCGCAGGUGUGUGUGGGGGCCGAGGGCCCUGAGGGGCCUGGCUGCCGUGUCCUGUUCCAUGUGCUGCCCCUGGAGGCCGGCCUGACACCUGAUGUGCUCAUACCACCUGAGGGGCUCCCAGGCUCGGCCCAGCAGGUGGUCCAGGUGGACAGGGACACAGUUCUGGUCUGCUUUGACCGCUGCGUGAGGAUUGUCAACCUGCUGGGUGAGCCUACGGCCACACUGGCUCCUGUGCUGACCUUUGACUUCCCCAUUGAGACUGUGGUGUGUCUGCAGGACAGCGUGCUGGCUUUCUGGAGCCACGGAAUGCAAGGCCGCAGCCUGGACACCAACGAGGUGACCCAGGAGAUCACAGAUGAGACGAGGGUCUUCCGAGUGCUUGGGGCCCACAGGGACAUCAUCCUGGAGAGCAUUCCCACCGACAACCCGGGGGCUCACAGCAACCUCUACAUCCUCACUGGCCAUCAGAGCAGCUACUGAGCAGCGCAGGCCUAGCCAGCGGCACCCACCCCCCCGUGCCUUAGCUGCAGUUCAUUAGACAGAGGGCCCCUCCGAGGUCAGCGGAGCCCAGGCCCCCAGCUCUGCUGGGCUGAAGGGCAGAAGUAAUCCUGAGAAGUUUGGGGGCUGUGGAGGGGAGGAGCACCCCUCCCUCACCCCUGCAAUAACUGGACCAGAGGAAGCUGCUGUCACCUCCCCGCCCCUCCACCCCCCCAGCAGCCCAGGUCCUAGUGCCCGUGGCAGAGGCCCUGGGUCGGGUGGGGGCAGGCCCUGGACGAUCCAUUCCAUGUUGUUCCACAUUUCCUUUCCAUUCUUCCCGCCAAGAGCCUGCCCCUGCCCCCUGUCCUGGGAACAUAAUAUUUAAAAGAGAGAACUAUAUUGGUAUUAAAGCUGGUUUGACUUUA